GUGGUGCAGGCCGAGAUGGCGGCGCCCGUCUUGCAGCGAGGGUUGCAGGCUGCGCUUCGGAGCUGGGCUGCGGCAGGGUUGAAGAUGAAAGCUGGAGUUUUCCCAUUCCCCACCUCCCUUGAACAAAGUAGAAGAUGUAUUCUUUCAGCAGCAUAUGUGGACAGCUCAACAUGGGAACAAAGAGAAAAAGAUAAGCAGAGCCUGGUUGAACUAGCCACUCUGAUGGACAGAACCUAUGAAAGAAAGCUUCCUGUCAGCUCCUUAACUGUAUCCCGGUUUAUAGACAACAUUACUUCACGUGAACAAGUGGAUCAAGCUGAGUAUUAUCUUUACAAGUUUCGCCACAGCCCAAAUUGCUUUUACUUGAGAGACUGGAUCAUCCAUAGCUGGAUCAGGCAAUGUCUGAAGUUUGGGGGAAAGGAUAAAGCUUUGUACACUUUGCAAAAUAAGGUUCAGUAUGGAAUUAUCCCAGAUUAUUUUACCUUCAAUAUAUUGUUGGAUUCUUUUAUAAAGGAUGAGAAUUUUGAAGAUGCGAUGGCUGUGGUCACUGAGAUAAUGAUACAGGAAAGUUUUGAUGAAGUUUCUACACAACUUCUCUCACUCUACGUGAUGUACAAGUAUUUGACAACCAAAUCAGAACUUACGUGGGAGGAAGAGAGGAAUCUCGGAGCGUCCCUCUUCUUGGCAGGCCUGAAGCAGACGAACACGGUCGGAUUCAGUUCCCAGCUGUAUGGCUUAGCACUUCUCGGAAAAGUGGAGCUGCACAAGGGGCUACGAGCUGUGUACCACAAAAUGCCGCUCAUUUGGACCCCCGGGUACCUGAACAGAGCCUUGCAAGUGAUGGAGAAAGUGACGUUGCUUCCUGAUGAUACAAAGCUCUGCAAGGAAGCUAUUGAUGUUCUGGCAGCCACUUUGCAGCCCACCCCUGUGACAGAUGUUUCCCCGGAGGACACCAAGGACUCAGAAGAAACACCAAAGCAAGCACAAUUGGAAGAAGCAGAGAUGUCACGACUGCCUGAGUACUUGAACCGAUUUGGGGAGCUGAAUUCUAAGCUGCAGUCGCUUGGCAAGGUGGAAUCUGCAAGCUUGUUGACACUGACCACCCAGCUUGUCGAGGAAAAGCAGCCAGCAUUUGAAGUGGAAGACAUUGCAAAACACAAGGAGAAGCUGAAGGAGUGGGAGCAGGAGCGGACGCUGCUGGCUGAAAGGGAGAGGCAGUUGAGGGAAAAGGCCAGGCAGGAGCUGGAAGCCCAGAAUGCAGCAAAAGCAUCUCUUUAACGCAGGAGAUCGGCUUAGCGGCUCGGUUGUGGUGUGGCCUUGACUGCGUGCAGAUGGAACCUUUCCAGAUCCAUCUUGCAGCAAAAGUGCUUCUUCCCAACCCCCUUAAAAACCACUGUAAUUAUGAUUGUUUCUCUGAAGGUCUCAGUUUUGCCUGUUAUGUGUUAUGUCUACCUGUCAUCUAAUAAAGUGAUUCAUUUCUAAAACA